GCUGGUAUGGGUGCUCUUCGGGGACGCACUAUGGCACAGAUAAAUACUAGUAAUAGCUUUAGAAAUCUUUCAAUUGCCCAUGAUUAUACAAAUACUGCUGGUAAUAAUGCAGUAACCAUAGGUAUUUCUAUGAUUCUAGCUGAAGCUUUUACUGAAGAUUGGCACUUAGCUAGAGGACGUCUAUCGGAUAGACCUGCCAAUGCUGUUAAUGCAG